AAAUUAAACGAGUGUUCAGGAAACAAGAGUUUUAAUUAAUCGCUUCACCUCUGUUUUUGGCCGGAGAUGGGAGUGAUGAUUACCGCCCUAAAAAAUGUUCAUGAAAAAUCCGGGUUGUUGAUGAUGAAGCUAAGAGGAAUUAGAGUUUACCACGUUGCUGCUCAUUCUCGAGGGCCGGAAUCGUUGGAUGUUGUUUUCCACGACUCAGAGGGCGCUCGGAUCCAUGCUGAGGUCAAAGAUACUGAUAUAAGCACAUUCAAACAAGAUUUGCAAGAAAAUGCGGUUUACUUAAUCAUGAAGGUCAAGGUUUUACGCAAUUUCCAAGGCACAAAAACUACCAAUCACCCUUGCAUGCUCCAACUUUUGGGAAAGACCAAGAUUCAAAAACUAACAGACAAUGGAUUUCCUAAUUUUCGAUUCUACUUUAAGAGUUUUGAAGAUGUUCUCAAAACAAAGUUUGCUGACCAAGUCUUUUUAGUUGAUAUAAUCGGGAAAGUAGUUAGUCGAAUUGUGCCCGAAACCCGUAUGGUUAAAAAUGCCCCGGAGCAAAUGAUGGAAGUUACCUUGGUGAACCACAAUAUCGUCUCAACACAAUCAAGAUCAAGAGAUGAUAAAAGAACGAGCAACUUGAAAGUGGUCUCCAUUCAUGAACUAAAAAACAUGAGCAAUAAAGGAUAUUAUUGGAUACUUGGUGAUGUUGUUGAAAUUGAAAACACCAAUGAAUGGUGUUAUCUUGGUUGUCCCAAGUGCAACCGGAAGGUUGCUCCAGAUGCUACGAGGUUCAAGUGUAUGAAAUGCGAAAAAGAUUAUCCUGAGGGAGUAGUUCGCAAGCAGCAUGACAUAGGAUGUCUGACCAGUUCGGAUGUGAAGACACCCGUGUUCGGUCCAAAUGGGGGAAUGACCGAUAUGGUUGAAGCCAUAUUCAGUGAUAGUGGGGUGACCGUUGCGGCAGUAGCCGCGGUCGAUCCAUUAAACGAGGUUACCGGAGCAAACUCCAUAGUCGCGCUCGAUCCAACGAAGGUGAGGAUCAGAGUGGACCCCACGGCCACACUCGAUCUUAAAAGAACGUUGAUCGGAGUGGUCUGCCCAACAGAGCCACCUAAUCCAGCCGAAACGUUCACAACCGCAGUCUCGGAACUACUCCCGUUUCUGGUGUGAGCAUCAAAACCGAAACCGUCCAUAUCCACCAUCGUGCACGAAUAUGACUACUACCUUAAGAUUGUUACAAUUUUCUCACGGAUUACAACGGACGGGGAAGAUGAACGGCCCCACAAAAUAAAAAUAAAUAAUAUUCUGAAUU